UAAAUUCGAUACGAGUCUAGUAGCCUAUUACCUAAGUUUCAUAAAUUUAACUUAUAGCUAUUUCCCACACCCUUUCUCAUAUCAAACUUGGUCUUAGCACAUAAAAAUAAGUAUUUUAGAGACAACCUUUAUCAAUUUCAACUGAAAAAGGGAAAAAUGUGGGUCUUAUAGGAUUAAAUUUAAAACUGAAAAAUGAUUUCCAUGAUUGAGUUUUGAAUGCAGAUCAAUACUCUCACUUAUGCAAUUACUACAUUGUUUGUCCAUCUAUCAGUUGAAACCGUUUAGUUAGGGAUACAAGUUAAGGAAUUGAAGGUUCAAGAAAAAUCAAGCUUUUAUGCCACAUUAAAUGUGUAAAUGUAGUGCAGGAACACCUAGCCUUAAACCGGCGUGGUAUUGAUCACAUGGUGUGUUCAAUUAGUCCCAUUCCCUGGAGUUGGAGCUGCAGGUUACUGUCCUGGCGGCCCUCCCACACUUCUCUCCCCAUAUCUUCUUGUUUUCCUGCAGAAUAGAAGGACUACUUAAAAUAAAUAUAUAGUUUAUGGCACUAUUAAAUUGGCAAUUAAUAUUGUCUCACUACAAGUACAGAGAAAAAUGUAAAUAAGUUUGCUGUUAUUUUUGCUUAUUUGGGAAUAUAACAAUUUAAUAUAAAAUAUGAGAAAAAUCUUUUUCUUCAGUUAAUGUUUAAAUGUGAGUGUGCAUGGGAAAACGACCCACUUUGUCAAUGGCUAUAAAGCCGCUUUGCCAGUUAAUUCAUAUAAAUAUACAAUUUAAUCUCGCCUUAAUGAUAACCGACAAAGUGGGACGUUUUACUAAACACACUCACAAGUAUACCAAAAAGAGUUUUGGAGGAACUGUCGUAGGGAGCAUGAUUUGCCACAUCAAGUAUGUAAGCAUGGUGAUGAACAUGUUUGGAUAUUCAAGCUUUAUUUAUAAUAUUACGUUCUGUAACUAACAAUUUACAGUGCCUAUAGGUAAAAGUUAACCAAAACACUACACUACCAAAAGCCAAAAAACAUUAUUUUGAAGGCAUUCAUAGUUUUGUGCUCAUGGUACUCUGGAGCAAAAGUCCAUAGGCUAUAGUUACUGCUUACCAUCAAGGUGGGCAUAUUCUAGUUUGCUAUCACAAUAGUUUUCAACAAAAAGUUAAGUAUUAUAAAGUAUUAUAAUUUGUUGAAAGUACAAGCCACAAAGUAGGUACCUAUUUAAGGUAAAUCUGAGAUAAUUUUAUGUGUUACUUACUUAUUGUAUUUUUUUUUACUACAUCUAUCUCAUUAUAAGAGAACUGUAUUGUAUUUAUGUCAGAAACACUUGGGCAGUUCACAUGCAACAUGUUACUCAACUUUCCUCAAAGAUGGCAGCACCAGUGGCGAGUAUUGAUUUUUUGCCUGCUCUAUGUUGGAGGUAGUCAUGCUGUGGGAAAUCAAUAUUGUUUGUUCCCAAUUCGGUGGAAAAGUUAUCCGGCAUCGUGAAAACUAAGACGCAAAUUGCAAAUUUAGCAAAUAAUUCGAAAUUAACUUAUAUUACACUAACUUGUGGAGAUUGAGAGCUUUACAUAGUGAAAUGUAUUCGAUGGAUUGAUUCGAGAUUCACCUUCGCGUGUUCGUUGUUUCGCUUGAAAGUUUAUUUGCCGCUUUAUUAUGCGUUCGUUGACCGCGGUCCACGGGCACCCCCUGCCUGAGCUGGGCGUUCCCUCCAGCAUCAACCAGGGCGACGGGAGCGGAGACGACAUGGCCGGAGCGCAGGACACCAUCUACCUCUGCAACUUCCGCGUCUCGGUCGACGGAGAGUGGCUCUGUCUAAAAGAACUGCAAGACAUGGAAAUGCAGGAUUCCUAUAUAAAGCCUGCUGAGCCCGGCGUUAUCACCUCGCCCGACGAUCCGAUGCAUUCUUUAAUGGCACGUGACCCCGUAGUCAUAGAGCGCAGCAAUCUGGUGAAUAUCUCCAAGUUGAUCGUUAAGGAGCUAAUCGAACAAUCGCUGCGAUAUGGACGGAUGCUGGACAGCGACCAUCUUCCGCUGCACCACUUCUUCAUCGUCCUCGAACAUGUCAUGCGUCAUGGACUUAAACCUAAAAAGCAUUUGCAGGGUCUUCUUGGUCCUAAAAAGGAGCUGUGGGAUAUUCUUCAGAUGGUUGAAAAAUACUCGCCAGAAGCAGCCGAUAUUACCGCCAGUGUCCGAGAUCUUCCAACCGUCAAAACUGCAAUGGGCCGUGCGCGCGCGUGGCUCAGGCUCGCGCUGAUGCAGAAACGCCUCGCGGACUACAUGCGACUCUUGCUGGAGCAUCGAGAGGACACGCUGGAGGAGUACUUCGAGCCGCAUGCUCUCAUGCUAAACGAUGAGGCUGUGAUCAUCACGGGACUGCUCGUCGGCCUCAACGUUGUCGACUGCAAUCUGUGUGUCAAGGAGGAAGAUCUGGACAGCCAGCAAGGCGUGAUCGAUUUCUCACUAUACCUCCGAGGCAGCAACUCCUCCACCGACCUAACUACCACCACCAAUAACGCCAACACGGAGCCGAAGCAGCGGCACAUCAACACCAUGUUAGAUCAAAAGAACUACAUUGAAGAACUCAAUCGGCAUCUCAACGCAACGGUAGCUAAUCUGCAGGCCAAAGUUGAAGGUCUGACUACAACGAACGCCUUAAUGAAGGAAGACUUGGCGAUCGCCAAAAACACAAUGAUCACCCUGGUCGAGGAGAAUAAUCAACUGAAACAUGCAUUGGGUCAAGACAUCACUAAAGAUAGUAGGAUGAAAGUAACUGAGCUGCAGUCGGAUGAAGAGGAAAAACGCAGUGUUAAGAGUGUCACAUCUGAUAAGAGUAAGAACGAAAAAGAUAGUGAAGUAAGUCGAGUGCUCGAGGAAGAAAGGAAGAAAAAUGUAGAGCUGCAAAGAGAACUGGAUUUACAGAUUUCAUUAAAAGCUGAGAUGGAGGUAGCUAUGAAAUUAUUAGAAAAAGACAUUCAUGAUAAACAAGACACAAUAGUAUCUCUUCGACGACAACUUGAUGACAUUAAAUUAAUCAAUUUGGAAAUGUACAAAAAAUUACAGGAAUGUGAAAGUUCCUUGAAACAUAAAACAGAGCUAAUAGCCAAAUUGGAAGCAAAGACUGAAUCAAUGGGCAGCACGAUACAUCAGCUUGAUGAGAAGUUAAAGGAAGACAAGGCUGUUAGGACGAGUUUGGAAGAGAGCGCGCGGUCGCUGGGGCAGAAGACUGCGGCCGCGGAGACGAGAGCGGUCACCGCCGAAGGAGAUCUCAGGAUAGAACGCGAGUGGAGGACUUCGCUACAGGAAUCUAUGAUACGUGACCGAGACAAAAUAUCAAUGUUGACACAAGAAGUAGAAUCUCUCAAAUCUAUUGGACAGAAAUAUCUAGCACUACAAGAAGAACAGCACCUCCUUAAAACCCAAUACAGCGAAGCUCAGAAAACUCUAGAAGAAGUGGGUGCGACGUUAAGCGAGAACAAGUUACAGCUAGCCGAGUUGUUAGAGAAGGAAGCCUUGACUGCCUCGACCGAUGACACGCCCAACUGGACCAGCGAUAAAGACGCCACGGUCUGCACGGCGUGCGCCAAAGAGUUCACGAUAGCGAGGCGGAAACACCACUGCCGACGCUGUGGCCACAUAUUCUGCAGCGCCUGCAGCGACAAGUCCGUGGCUCUAGUCGGAAACACGAAACCGGUACGAGUCUGCGACGCCUGCUAUGCCGAGGUCAGGUUAACGUAGCCAUAGCUCAACUAGGGUACUAUUCAAUUCGUAGGGCUGACCAAAUAACUAAUGGACUCUUGGUUUUGUGGGAAACUACUUCUUGGCCAUUCAUUUAAUGAUUUUUAGCUGAAGUCCGUUGCUUUAGUCGGCAGCAACAAGCCCGUACAAGUCUGCGAUGCCUGCUACGCGGAGGUUAGGUUAACGUAGCGGUACCUCAACUAGGGUAAUAUUCAAUUCGUAGGACUGACCAAAUAAAUAACCGAUGGACUCUUGGUUUAUGUUCACGGGUUCGCAUCGUAUUUGGAUCGAACGUAGUGCGAAACCGCUCUUAGUAACUGAAUCGUAAUUCGUAACAUCGAGUUGUUGCUGAAUUCCGUCGCUUUGGUUGGUAGCAUCAAGCCCUUGCGUAUCUGUUACGCGGAGGUCAGCUAGCCAUAGCUCAAUUAUGUUACUAAUCAAUUCGUACAACUGAUUAGAAACCGACUUACAAUGGUAAAAGGCAUUAUUAAGCCGUCAGACAUCGCGCCACUACACCCGACGUCGGUGGCAUAUGUAUGUACAAGUAAGUGACAAGAGGUUUAAUUUUUGGUAGCAUCUAAAAACAGAAUCUUACUAGCAGCGAGCCUAACUAACGAAUGUAAGAUAACUUCAGGGUAUAUGAGUGUGAUAUUGGCACGUAUAAUAUUUGUGGAGUCUUUGGUCAGUGAAAAAAAUCAAGUCCAUAAUCAAGUGUUCAUUACGAAUGUACCAACGAUUUAAAAAAAUGUAGCUAGAUUUGAUCUAGUACAAAGUCAAAUACUGACCCGCUAAGCCAAUUAGUGAUAUCUCAAAACUAAUGCAAAAAUAUUACUUUAGAUGUGACGUUUUCAACAGAAAAGAUACCACAUUGUAAGUAGUUAAAAAGUCGAUUUCAAACUGGUUUUAUUAAGCGCCUGUAGCACAGCCUUAACUCCCUACCCAGACGUGUAGACACACCCUCAUACACACGUCUGUGAACGCCUUAACAUUCAUACACUCACCAUUCAUCACAUUCACUCAACCAAUCAUUCACACACUCGCGUGCGCCAUAUUAUUCAGUCCGAAUCCGUUUGCCUUUGAACAAAGAUGUAAGGUCGCGACCUUACAACUACAUGUAAGUGUCCUUUUCCUAGUUGUUUUGCGUAAAUCACGGGACCCCUUUGACCAUCCCCGGUUAUACGCCUUAUUUACAACUGAUAAUAAGUACCCAAAAAUUAACCUUAUGUUGGUCGGUCGAAACGUCAUGUUUCCUGUCGCGUUGUGUUUUCGAGGAACCUCUAUUGGGCUUAUGGGAUUAGAAUACGUAUAAAUUAAGUAACGUUUAUAUAGACUAGUCAUAACUUUUGUUACAAACAUAAUUGUCUACUACGGCUAUGAAUAAGAAUUAAUUGUUUAAAAAAACAAUAAAUAUGUUUCAUGUAAGCAUGCAAUCUGACAAAACUUUUUAAAUAAUUAUGAAAAGUCAUUAUUUCAUAGUUUUUAUGUAGGUACAUUUUAUAUUGUAACAUAAAUUGUGGCUAGAUCAAGUAGUCAAAUACUUUAAUUAAUGUUUUCUUUACUAUUGGUAAAUUCAUAAUGCCGGCUGUACAGACUUGUUAAGAUACCCUAAGCAAGCAGAUAAUGAGUCUAUACGUUCAGAAUUCAGUCUAUUGUGACAGCCAAAGUGCCAAAUAUAUCGUAACACACCUUAGUUGCCAUAUCCAUACUUCCAUACUAAUAUUUUAAAUGGGAAAGUGUGUGUGUCUGUUUGUUUGUCCGUCUUUCACGGCAAAACGGAGCGACGAAUUGACGUGAUUUUUUUAAGUAGAGAUAGUUUAAGGGAUGGAGAGUGAUAUAGGCUACUUUUUGUCUCUUUCUAACGCGAGCAAAGCCGCGGGCAAAAGCUAGUAAAUAAAUAUGUGUAUAUUUGGCGCUAUGGCUGUCGUAAUACCUACCUUCUCGUCUCACUCUUACUAGACUAGACUCAUCUUACGCAUUACAACUGAAUCAGAAAGCCGCCGAGAUUCAAUGAGCCCGGCACAAAAGGCGCUCGAGAUUUGUACUGAACAGUCAAUAUUUUCAUAGACAAUCUGUGCUAGUUUUUGUAAACAUAAACCUUAAACACCCAAUGGGAAAGAAUCAUUAUUCUAGGGGUAAAUAUAAUUAUUACAUAUACUUUAAAUAUGAAAAUUGAAUAAUGAAUAAGUGAUUAUUAAAAAAAGAUCAAACAGAAACCCUGAAUAUAUUAUUUUUAUUGUUUUCGCAUGAAAAGUCUGUCAGCAUGUGAGGAUUUUGAGGCUUACCUUGCGUUAAAUAUUUUUACCGUUUAUGGUAUUUAGCAAAUAAGUACAGUGCACGCUCGAUAGUAAACAAUCAUUGUAUAUUAUUAUAUAAUCAACAUUCUCCAAAUGUGGCACUUGCGCUGAUUCUCAUCAAGCUUAUUGCGUGGGGCUUGUGCAAUGUACAUUUACUUUAUUGUAUUUUAAUACAAAUAUAUUUGAAAUUUAGUCAAUGAGUUUGAUGACGAUGUGUUAAAAAUGAACUAGAACAAAUUCCAUUUUAACUAUAAAUAUUUUAAUUAUGUAAAAUUGUAUUUACUUAUUUUAAUGUGGUGCUUAUAUGAAACCAUGUUUGUCAAAUAUAUUGUUGUUUAAUAUUGUAAAUAUCUAUAUUAUUGAUAAACAGAUUGACAUUAUGGAAUUACAAAAUGAAUGAAACAUACAAAUAUCUUUGAUUUUAUAUCACUUUAUACAUAUACACCUUGUUUUUAUUGAAUUCCGUUAACUUUAAGGGAAGGUUCUUUAGAUCGAAUACAAUUAAUUUCUCUAAGAAACUAGCGUCUUAACUUCUUACGG